AUGAUCACUGCAGUCACUGAGUUUUUUGAGGAGAUUAAGGACUCUUUUGUCCCUACAGUUGCCAAGGCUGAAGACGAUGUAGAAGAAGAGAACGAGGAAAACGACGAGGAUGAGGAAGAUGAGGAUGAAGACGAAGAAGAAGAAGAAGAAGAAGAAGCUGCUGACCAACUGGACGAAUUGAGAGAGGAGUGCAAACAAACACCCGAGGGUAAGGAAGUUGUCCACCAUUACAUGGAGUGUGCCGAGAGAGUCCAGCUGCAACAGCAACAGCCGGGCUACGAAGAUCUAGAAUACAAAGAAGACUGUGUGGAGGAAUUCUUCCAUUUGCAACACUAUUUGGACGGCUGUGUUGCGCCAAGGCUGUUCAACAAGUUAAAGUGA